AUGGGGAUAACUGGCAAAGGAAAAGUUGAAAAAAGGAAUAUCUCCGACUUUCCAACAAAACUUCCUUAUGCUUUCUGCACUUCCUUGCAAAGGGUGGACGGCUGUUACGGUCCGCUCGUGGUACGAGUUCCCGAAGCAAGUAACCCGCAGAUAUCAGAGUACGAUUACGAUCUUUCUUUGCACACAAUGAUUUUGAUCGAUUGGGAAAGAAUUACUGGGAUGGAAAAGUUUUUGUAUCAUCAUCAUAGUGUUGGUGAUAAUAAGCCUGCUACACUUUUGAUUAACGGAAUGGGUAAUGGGAAGGAGUUUGUUAGUGAAAAUAAGACUAUCUAUACUCCAUUGGCAAGAUUUCCUGUAGAACAAGGCUACAGGUAUCGUUUCAGAGUGAUAAAUGCAGGAUUUCCUAAUUAUCCCAUCAAAAUGUCGGUUGAUAAUCAUACAAUUUUAGUGAUAAGUAGUGAUGGAGCUGACAUUGUUCCAGUUAGAGGAAAAAAGCCAGGUGAAUCCCAGGUAGAGGGUUCACGUAUCAAUAUCAGGCAAGGUGAAUCCCAGGUAGAGGUUUCAGGUAUCAAUAUCAGGCACGUAAAUCCCAAAUAG